CUCUCCACCACUAGGCUUCUCUUCAGUAAUCCCGUCUGGAAUGGCGCCAAAACGGUGCCCACCACCAUCAUCAGGAACAUCACAGCACUCUCCAGUCAGAUAGCAUACGAAGAGCGCAUCGACAGCAACAUCACCACCCUGACCACCACCAACGCCGACACACUCAAUGGACUCAUUCAGGGUUUGUUAUACGUUCCCGACAUCAGCCGAAUGCCGUCUUGUGAUACCCAGCAGUACGACUUCAUUCCCAGAAACGUCACCCGCCGCGCCAACCUCCCUCCGACCAACUAUAAUCUCAUCGCCCUUGCCCCUUGGUUCAGCAUCGACUGCACUCAGGCCUAUCUCGCUGCCGCCCGCGCCGAUCCCAUCCGCGCUUUCGUCUUUUACAAGCCGAACAACUCCUCCAACAAACCCCAGGAUGUCAACUCCCCCGUCUGGAACCUCGACGACGAUGGCGCUUGGAAAGACCAGAACCAGUAUCCCGUCUUCGCCGUCUCGGGACUCGAGGGCCAGAAGAUGAUGACCCAGCUCAGCCUGUAUUCGGGAACCGUCGAGCAGAUUCCUCACGGCCAGGAGAUUUCGCAACUCUACGGCCCCAACCCGAAGGACUACGUCCGAAUAUGGACCGAGUUGAACAUGAAGAAUCCAACCAACAUCCCGGCCCUGUGGAUAUUCUUCCUCAUCGUCAUUGGCGCCUUGCUCUUCAUCAUCGGUGGAAUCUCAAUCACCAUGCAUCUAGUCCAGAGGCGGCGGCGCAUCUCUCUCAGGCGUCGCGUCAUGUCCGGCGAGGUCGAUCUGGAGGCCAUGGGCAUCAAGAGACUCACCGUACCGUCGACAUUUGUUCAGGGAUUCCCGCUCUUCACCUACAACCAGGAUCCGGACCAGCUCAGUGGUCAGUCGACUCCCUCUUCUCCGACACGCAGCAUCCGCAGCACACGGAGUGUGCGGAGUAAGAGGUCAAGCAUCACAGGGUCCGACACCACCGCCACCAACUUCCAGCCUCGAUGCCACAUCUGCCUCGAUCGCUUCGAACAUCGCGUCACCGUCAUCAAGGAACUGCCCUGUGGCCACAUUUUCCAUCCAGACUGUAUAGACGAGUUUCUUCUCGAAAACAGCUCGCUGUGUCCGAUGUGCAAACAUUGCAUGUUGCCCCGUGGCUACUGCCCCCCCAUCACCAACGGAAUGGUCCGUCGCGAACGCGCUCUACGGAAACUCCGAGGCAGGGUA